AUUAAAAUGGAAGCCGUUCAAACUUUUGGUCGCAAGAAAACCGCCACUGCUGUUGCUCACUGCAAGCGCGGACGUGGUCUCGUUAGAGUCAACGGUUCCCCCCUCGCUCUCCUCGAGCCUGAGAUUCUCAAGUUCAAGGUCUACGAGGUCAUCCUCCUGCUCGGUGAGGAGCGUUUCUCCAACGUUGACAUCCGCAUUCGCGUAAACGGUGGUGGUCACACCUCCCAGAUCUACGCUAUCCGUCAGGCUCUUGCCAAGGCUAUCGUUGCCUUCUACCAGAAGUACGUCGAUGAGGCCUCCAAGAAGGAGAUCAAGGACAUCCUUGUCCAGUACGACCGUACCCUCCUCGUUGCCGAUCCCCGUCGUUGCGAGCCCAAGAAGUUCGGUGGUCCCGGUGCCCGUGCCCGUUUCCAGAAGUCUUACCGUUAAAAGAAUCAAAAAAAAACAAGAAGAAAGAAAGGAAUCAAAGACAAGAUCAAGAAGAUGGAAAAAAAAAUUCAUUUUUGUAUUCUUCAUUUUCAUUCUUCUUUAAUUCUUCAAACUUUUUUUUUUAUUCUGCUUAUCACACAUUUUGUAACGGUUUCAAAGAUAUACAUAUAUAAACAAAACAACAUCACAAACAUCAACCC